AGAGGAAAGUUCGGACCGGUUCUUGUGUUCCUGCGGACAGCUGCGGACAGCUCAGCCCGAGGGGAGCGUGUUUUCUGCGGGUGAGAGGCUGUACGAUCCUCGGCAGUGUUCUGAGACUGUACGGCCCCGAACCCCCACCACCACCCCCCAGGACCAGAACCACGGACUAACCGGUGCAUGAACCGGCUCUGGACUCCUGCACAUCUAAAACCGGGACGUUUUUCUCUUUGAGGAACUGAGUCGAGUUAAAGUUGGACCUAAAGUCAGACCCGAACCAUGACUGCAGACAAGGACAAGAAGAGGAGCAGCUCGGAGCGGCGUAAGGAGAAGUCUCGGGACGCGGCACGCUGCCGGCGCAGCAAAGAGACGGAAGUCUUCUACGAGCUGGCCCACCAGCUGCCGUUACCCCACAGCAUCAGCUCCCACCUGGACAAGGCCUCCAUCAUGAGGCUGGCCAUCAGCUUCCUGCGCACACGCAAGCUGCUCGCCACGACCUGCAGCAGCCACAGCUGUGACGGCGCCGACGAUGGGCUCCUGGACAACAUGUACCUUCAGUCUCUGGAAGGCUUCGUCACCGUGGUAACGACGGACGGCGACAUGAUCUUCCUGUCCGAGAACAUCAACAAGUUCAUGGGCCUCACUCAGGUGGAGCUGACGGGUCACAGCAUCUUCGACUUCACUCAUCCGUGUGACCAUGAAGAGAUCAGAGAGAACCUCAGCCUGAAGGCAGCAGGAAGCAGCAGCCGUAAAAAAGGCAAAGAGCUAUUCACGGAGCGAGACUUCUUCAUGAGGAUGAAGUGCACAGUGACCAACAGAGGACGCACCGUCAACCUGAAGUCAGCCAGCUGGAAGGUGCUGCACUGCACCGGCCACCUGAAGAUGUACGAUGGCUGCACCUUGAGGGUUCAGUGCGGCUACAAGGAGCCGCCGCUCACCUGUGCCGUCCUGAUGUGCGAACCCAUUUCACACCCGUCCAACAUUGACGCUCCGCUGGACAGCAGGACCUUCCUGAGCAGACACAGCAUGGACAUGAAGUUCACCUACUGUGAUGAAAAAGUGACAGAGCUGAUGGGUUACGCCCCCGAAGACCUGCUGGGACGUUCGGUCUAUGACUUCUACCACGCCCUGGACUCAGACAGUGUCACCAAGAACCACCACAACUUGUGCACCAAGGGUCAGGCAGUGAGCGGUCAGUAUCGAAUGUUGGCAAAGAAUGGUGGCUACGUCUGGGUGGAGUCUCAAGGAACAGUCAUCUACAACAGCCGAAACUCUCAACCGCAGUGCAUCGUGUGCGUUAACUACGUCCUCAGUGACAUCGAGAACAAGUCGGUGGUUUUCUCCUUGGAGCAGACGGAGGCUCUGUUCAAGCCACAACACAUGAGCAGCUUCUUCUCUUCUGGAGAAGUGGGCAUGAAUGAAGAGCUAGGAGACUCCCUCUUUACCUCACUGAAAGAGGAACCAGAGGACCUUGCUCAGCUUGCUCCAACACCUGGAGACACCAUCAUUUCCCUGGACUUUGGUCGCCCUCAGUUCGAGGAGUCCCAACAGACUGCGUCGUUCACCCCAUCUACAUCCAUGCCUCCUCCAGGACCUUCAUCAUGGCCAAGCGAGGGGCACAAACCCUCUCCUGCAGCCUCGGCCCAAACCUUGCCUGCUGUUCCAGGGGACGUGGCUAACAGGCCAACAUUCACUGUGCAGCAGAACCCUCAGUCGGGCAGCGUCACUCCGAGCCUCAGCAGCUGCUCCACGCCCAGCAGUCCAGGUGAUUAUUACAGCUCAAUGGAGAGCGACAUGAAGCUGGAGCUGACUGAGAAGCUGUCUGCCCUGGACUCAGAGGGAAACAGCAGCUCUGCAGCCACUCAGGCGGACCUGAGUGACUUGGAUCUGGAGACUUUGGCUCCUUACAUCCCGAUGGAUGGUGAGGACUUCCAGCUGACCCCUAUAAUCCCGGAGCCAGAGCCCAUGGAGGGGGCUCAAGGAGGAUCCAUGGGGAGCAACAGCAACCUGAACAUCCAGCAGAGCUUCAGCAACAUUGCCAACCUCUUCCAGCCACUGACCUCCCCUCCUCAGCCAAAAAACCACUUCCAGUCACGGCCUCAAGCGUCCUGGGUCACCAGGCAGAGGAGAGGCUCCAGCCAGGGGGCUGCGGAUACCCAAAUAAGGUCGUAUAUGAUGAGCCACAUGCAGAAUCCCCCAUACCAAACACCGGCCAGCACACCUUUGUCUUCAAUGCAAUGGCCUCCUGACCCGUUAAUAACCUACCAGCAACAACAACAAAAAGGGCCCCCAAAAGCCUACAUGAUGGACAACUUAUCAGGAGAGGAGCGUCCAUCCUGUCAGCAGAACAUGUCAUACCUGCUACAGAAACAGAGGUCUAUUGAUAAUUUCAUUCAAGCUUACAAAGACACGAGUCCAGCCAGAGUGGCCUUGGCCAACAGUAUCAAGCGCUCCUUCAAUCAGAUGGCUGAGGAUGAAAGGAAGCCGACAGAGUUCAUAUGGAAGAAGAUGAGGGGUGACGGCUGUAUGGACCGCUCCCUCAGCACAGGAUCACUGACAGAUUCAGGGAUGAGCAGAGUGAUGCACGGCAGCGCAGCUCCGUUUCCCAGCCCUCAGCAUCAACACAGGAAGUCUCAGUAUCAAGGAAACUGGAUAAGUGGCGGAAAUGAGAAAAUCUUCCCCCCAAAGAGCUGCAGCUACACUGAUUAUAACACACUGCCUUCUAACAAGUCACAGGGCAUAGUGAGCCGUUUGCUGGGCCCUUCGUUUGAGCCCUCAUGUUUGCCGGAGUUGACCCGUUAUGACUGUGAGGUCAACGUCCCACUGCAGGGCAACCUACACCUCCUACAGGGCUGCGACCUGCUGCAAGCCCUGGACCAGGCCACCUAGAGCCCCCAGGUCCAAAUUCCCGACAUAAACCUGGACUUACGCCCAGCCCUGAGCCCCAACUUGCAGCCAUGACUACAUCUCUCUUCACCUGUUGUGCCUCCAGGCCUCCUGAGAGUCCCAACAUUAAGCUACCUGUAGAGCACAGCAUUCAGUACCACAUCCUGCCUUACUCGGCCCACACAAUCCGCUUCCCCCGUCCUUUUUCUAGUUCCUCGUACAAACUAAACGUGCAGCGAUAGUGAGGUCAGGCUGCCCCCGUUCUCUUUCUACCCCCCAAACUUGUGGCUUCAACCAGAUGCAGGUUCAGUAGAAAAGCUUCCCUGCACUGAACCCCCCACAUCAGACCACCCACAUACACGAUAUAAGCAACCCACAGGUCACUGGGUGGACAUAUAG